AUGUUGCCAAUUACGGAUUAUCAAAGUAAGACUUUCGUAUUAUUACUAUUGUAUUAGAUAAUGAUUAUAUACAAUGAGAUAUUAUGUGAAAAUGUGAUUGUCAAUUAUUGUGUUCACUGUUCAAUAGUUUUCUAUAUAUAAAAGACAGCAAUUAUGUAUUUAAUUUUUCUAAAAUAGUUAUUUUUUAAUUGUAAUAAUGGCUGUAUGUACUGAAAUUGCAAGAAUCCCUAAAUAUUUAUGUGCAUGGUUUCUAUAAACCAAGAACACCCUCCCCCCCGGGUUUUGCAUCCUUACUUUAGGGGCUGUUUACAUGAGCCUGGUUUGCAGGGCUGGCUCGCUUAAACGGGGCGCCCGGCUUCAUGGUAAUUUCCAACACAAAGCAAUUUUACUUUACAUGACAAACCGGGCCAGCCUGUUUAGCUGGGAUCCCACUUGACUCAAACGGGGCGCCCGGUCAGCCGGGAUGAAAUUUCUCCAUGUAAAGUAUCGGGCAACCGGGCUAGAACAAAAACUUCAUUUAAAACAAAAAUAAAUGACAGAAACUGAUAUUUUUCUUGACAAACUUUUAUUUCUUCAAUUAAUCUUGCUGACAAAGUAGUUUUAAUCGAUUAAAUUUGCCAAUAAAGCACAAAUUCGACUUCCGUGACAGACGUUACACUGUUAACUCAUAAACAAGUUUUUCCCGCCAAUUUCCGUCAGCAUGCAUAUCAGCCCGGCAAACGUCUCAUCCCGGCUAGCCGGGCUCAUGUAAACAGCCCCUUAAUAUGUAGCAUGAUUUUAGGGAAGCAGGGCUGACACGGAGCACAUGGACUCAUAUAUUGUUCAUUCUGUUGUUGAUUUUAAUAAAGUGUACAUGUUUAUACACUCUCACUACUAUGUGCUUACUCUGUCGCCUAGCAAUCACCAGACUGGAAAGUUUGGAAAUUGCGUGCCGGAGAUUUCGAUAUAUAUUGUAGAAAGUAAAUAUAUAGAAAGCAUGAAAAUUGCACGCCAGAGAUAUCCGCCACGCGAUACAAACUUUCCACACUGGAGCAAUCAUUUGUGUCAAAAUUGAAAUUCCACACCUUAAUGGUUAAUGUACAGAAAUGUCAAAACUGUGCAACUGAUAUGCAUAAACUUUUCACAAUAGUAGUCUUUUUCAUUUUUGUGCACCUGAGGUCUUGUUGAAAAGACCCCAACUCUGCGGUCAAGCUGCCCGGAGAGCAAUGGGGGAAAAUUUACUUCUUUUUAAUCCAUUAGGCUGCAGAGCUUCCCCAUUGACGAGAAAAAUUGUGUGGCGUUAGACAAGUAAAGAAUUGAAAAUAAGUAGGGCGCACUCUUUGCCAAAAUGUGCCCUAUGUUAGUAUUUUACUCUGUCUAACAUCAGAUGAUUUACUCGUCAAGGGAAGAGUAUUGCACACUAUUUGGUAAUUACUGUACAGUAAUAGUAAAAUGUACUUGCAUGUCCAAAAUUUCCUGUAUGGGGGAGGUGUAGAUCUUCUCUGGAAUGACCCAUUGUCAGGAAUUCAUAUGUACAGUAUACCGGGUGGCCAAAAAAGUAUUCCUCUUUGAUUCAGUAUAACUUAAAAAUUAGAAGAGCUAUUACACUUAAACAAAAAGCAUUUAGUUCAGUAAUGUAAUGUCUAACUUAAAUUUUGGUAUAUGCCAUAUGUAUUUUACCAUAGUUUUGGCCGAGAUAUUAGCUGUUUGAAAAUAAGUAAACAUUUUUAAAAUUGUCGAAAAUUAGCAAAACACGGCCUAUUAAACUAAUUUUGACAACCAGUAAUGCAACUAUUCAAUAUGAUUAUCUUUGGGGGCAAUUUCCUGGCCGACAUCGACUGACAAGUAAACAGGGUGAUUCGCCUUGGCCCCCUCAUUCUCCUGACGCGACGGUGUGCGAUUUUUCUUUGGGGCUACUUGAAGCAUCGAAUUUGGAAUGUGCCACAUGAUGAACAACCAAAUAAUUUUAUAGAGAGCUUCGUGAGGCAAUUGUAAUGUUCAGCAAUUGUAAUGUUCAGCAUACCCCAACCUGGAUUCCCAGAUGAUCCGAAAUUCCUUCGACUGCGUGCCCACAUGGGCAAGAAAUUGCAUUUCUUGUUGGGGGACAUGCAUUUCCUAAUGAAUAGCAUUUUUAUUUGGAAAAUGAACAAAUACUUUUUGACUGCAGUGUUACCUAGUACGCACAUGUUAUUGUGCAUGGUAUUAACAUUUAACAGGCCGUUCUUUGCUAAUUUUCGACAUUUCUGGAAACAUAAACUCAAAUUUAAAUGCUGUUAUCUCAGUCAAUACUGUUUUAAAAUGCACAUGCUAUAUACCAAAAUUUAAGUUAGACAUUACUGAAUACGAUACCUCUUAUUUAAAUGUAAGAGCUCUUUUACUUUUUAAGUUAUACUGAAUCAAAGAGGAGUACUUUUUUGGGCCACCCUGUACAACCAGAGAUAGUUGCCAUAAAGCCAACCUCUUACCCAGGGUCUUUCCUCUUGGCGAGGGCAGAAAAGACCCUGGUCAUGUGAUCUUCUAAAUCAAUCCGAGAUGCUACAAUCCUGGCCAAAACUCAUGUGGACACUUAAUCCACUUUUGCAAAAAUCAUAACAAACACCUAAAACUUGAAUUUACUUGCAUAUCCCCCACUCCCCCUCUUCAAUGUUGCUUAUCCGACUUAACCAAACUUCGUAUUUGAUGAAAAAUCCCAUUCAACAUUGGCAUGGGGGAGCGGGGGAUAAUUAUUUAGGGAAAACGCCUUUCGAGGCCAAAUUCUGUGGGUUGUCCACAACCUUUUGUCCAGGAUUGUAGCAAUCCAAGAUGAGGUCAAUAAAUAUUUGAUAUUUGGAUUUUUGUAGUUUAAUUUAUAAUUUGCAUUUUGUAUGAUUGUCGUAAAGGAAUCCAAGAUAGUUACAGUACAGGUAAUUAGAAAUCUGCUAUAUUUUAGCAGAUCAUGUGACCAGUGUCUACCAGGGUCUUUUCUCCCCAAAAGGAAACACCCUGGGUACGAGGUUGGCCAUACAGCCACCUACUGUAACUAUUAUUUUAGAAUGUCAAUUGUAUAAUAAAUUUUAUUAAUUUAUGGAAAUUUUAAUUCAUUGACUGAGGUGCAAUGUUAUCCUGUCAUGUUCAUAUGGGUCACGUUUUAGGGGGAGUUACCAUUUUUAGACUUUUAGGGUUAGGCCGGAUUAGGGUUAGUAUUAAGAUUAGUAUUAAGAUUAGGGUUAGGAAUAGGAUUAGAGUAAGGGUUAGGGUUAGGAUUAGGAUAAGUAAUACAGAAGAAUACAAAAUUACAAAAGUCUAAAAAUAGUAACUCCCCCUAAAAGUGACAGGUACUGUAUAGUCAUGUUUACUUUAACAAAUUUGCUUGUGAAAGGGAAAUGUUGGCUGCUAAUGAUUAAGUACUGUAUUAAAUAAAUGCAAAAUAACAUCUUGUUUACUGUAACUGGAAAAUAACAUCAAGAUUGUUUAACUGUACUUGAUGUGAUCGGUGGCUGAAAAGCUCUGAUGGGGAGUGAACUGAAUAAUGUACAAUCAUAUGACUAUAUAGUAUAAUUUAUAUGUAUUAUGUGUGUAUACAUUAAUCUAUUUAUUUAAAUGUUUAUUUCUUUGCAGAAAUUGGUAUUGGUGUGACAGGAUUUGGGGUGUUCUUCCUCUUCUUUGGUGUGAUAUUCUUCUUUGAUAAAGGAUUACUUGCUAUAGGAAAUGUAAGAUAAAUACUCUACAUACAGUACCUGACUUGUAUAUUAUGUAUUUGGGCAAAGUAGACUUCAAAUCUCUCAUUUUCAAACCCUUCAACAUCAGUUCAACCCAUAUUACACAUAGUCACGUACAGGGUCUGAAAUUUAAAUUUCUUUCUGUACCCCACUGGAAUACCAGGAUUCAAAGUUCUAGCAUAUCCCAUCUGAGAAUCUAGUAUCCCACUUCUGGAUACUGGUUAUACAAAAAAUGUUGACAUCCCUGAACCAUCAAAGUGAGUAUACAGUACAUGUCUCUCGUUGUUAUAAAUUACAAUAACAACAGCAGAUUGACAAUCUUGCCAAGAUCCCAGCAAGAUCAUGCCAAGAUCUUAGCCAAGAUCUUAGCAAGAUCAUGCCAAGAUCUUACAUAAAUCCUGCAAGAUCGUGGAAAGAUCUUGCAUGAUCUUGCAAGAUCUUUCCAAGUUCUUGCAGGAUCUUAUGCAAGAUCUUGCAGGAUCUUGCAUGAUCUUGCCAAGAUCCUGGAAGAUCUUACCAAACAUCUUGUAAGAUCUUGCCAAGAUCAUGACAAGAUCUUGCAAGAUCCUGCCAGAUCUUGCAUAAGAUCCUGCAAGAAUUUGGAAAGAUCUUGCAAGAUCAUGCAAGAUCUUUCCAUGAUCUUCCAGGAUUUAUGUAAGAUCUUGGCAUGAUCUUGCUACAAAUCCUGCAAGAUCUUGCCAUGAUCCUCCAAGAUCAUGCAAGAUCUUUCCAUGAUCUUCCAGGAUUUAUGUAAGAUCUUGGCAUGAUCUUGCUACAAAUCCUGCAAGAUCUUGCCAUGAUCCUCCAAGAUCUUGCCACAAAUCCUGCAAGAUCUUGCCAUGAUCCUGCAAGAUCUUACCAUAUUCCUCCAAGAUCUUACCACAAUUCCUGCAAGAUCUUGCCAUGAUGGUCCAAGAUCUUACCACAAAUCCUGCAAAAUCUUGCCAUGAUCCUGCAAGAUCCUACCAUGAUGGUCCAAGAUCUUACCACAAAUCCUGCAAGAUCUUGCCAUGAUCCUUCAAUAUCUUACCAAGUUCGUGGCAAGAACACUUGGCAAAUACAGAAUGAAGAGGCUCUAUAUGAAAUAUACUAUUCUCUGGAUAUAACUUUGAUUGAAUUUAUCAAACUAACGUAAAAGUGUACAAUAUUGCCAUAAAUUCAGGGUCGGUCUUUAUUAAAUUGUACUUAAUCAAUUAGUUCAUCCAAAUUAUAAUACUCAAGCUUUUACCCGGUUUAGUUUGCAUAGUAAAUGUAGUAAAUUAGGCCAAUAAUGUUGGUAAAAUAUUAUCAAUAUCUAUGGCGAUUGAAAUAAAGUCCGAAUGAAAGUUCCACCUUGCUCAAUAUUUGAGAGAAAACAAAAGGAAUCUUGUCUGUUCUUAAUGAUGUUGUUCUUAAUUAUGUUGUUCUAAAGAAUUGAAAUUCAAGAUGGAACUUUUAUUCGGAGGUUGUUUCAUACUUUACUUCAUAAAAUUAUAUUAGCAUUGACACCAUUGUUAUUGCAAGUUCUUCGAUUUUGUUUUUCUUCGCAUAUCGCGGCACUUUUGAAUUUUGAUUGCACGCAUCCACGAUAAUUUGGUGUGUUUUCUGUACUUUUUCUUCGCCAUACUUGGCGUUGAGGACAGCUAUAUCGUUAAAAAAACUGUGUUAAAGUAAGUCUAUUUUUUGUAUUUAAGUUCAUUUCAAUGUUUACCCGAAACACAUUGCCAUUGCCAAAGAAAACUAGUGCUUUUAAUUAACACGUACUGUGGCAACUUAGUCUAUAUGUUCACAGCUGGCCAGUUAAUUUUUCUUCAAGUCAAAUCACAUAUAUUAUUCUUACCAAACAAUUUAGUGACCCUGUCGGGAUCUAGUGCUGGUUUUGGAGAUCUUUUGGACUGGAAUAGUAUUCCAUCCUGGAGCUCUUCCGAUGAAAAUAGGAAGUCCAAUAAUUUGAUUGCACAUUUUGAUGGCUCUUUUGGCGGUGUAUUUACGGUCAUCAAAUUAAUGUCAUUGUGCCACUAAAAUGAUUUAACAAUACUUGAUAUUAAAUCACUGUAGUUGAAUUAUUUUUUUAAGUAAAAACGAUAAAUUACACAUGUAUACACUCAUACUAACUAUAUAUCGAUCUCUGUAGUUUCUUUUUUGGUCAUAGCUUUAUCAUUUGGGGAUGCCUUCACCAUGUUUUCCUAAAUAAUAUUUGAAAUAACAAAUUUUGAAUAAUACACAUGUUGAAUAAUCAUAGCUCAAACCAUUAAUUUUAUAUGAAAGAUCUCUAUAUUUUAUCCUACUGUAGCUUUACUGGUUGGCAUAAUGAAACUUAACUCACUAAUGAAGCUCACAUUUAUACCGUAGUGUGAAAUUGCGUGUUCCUAUGCGGUGCACUAUACGAUGUUUGGCACGGACAUGUUAUCACUACAGUUAUCAGAACAUUUCAGUGGCGCAAAAACUGUGUAAUAUAAAAUAUAAGACUGUGUGAAUAUAAUAAUUUGUGGUCCCAGGGGUAUUCUCAACGGCUUUGUCAUUCUUAACAAAACGUUAAACUAGGCAUUUGAUAUCACUUUUUCAAGCAACGUAAAAGCUUAUUGCAACCCAUGAAGAGGUGUUAUUUAAAGUCGAAAUUGCAGGAAGCAUUACAUCGCUUUAGCCGAUUAACUUAGCCGCUUGUAAAGUUAUUUGAAAAGGCUUGAAACAUUUAUUACAUGUGGUAAUCAAAUUGCUUAGCGCUCAUUCAUUCAAUAUACAAUUAAUUUGUUGCCGCUGGGUAAAAAAUAGGUUGUAAGCACUUACUUUUUAUUUAAGACAGCUCGACAAGUUAUCCUUUCUUCUUUAGUGCAGCAACAAAGUCGAGGAACUGAAGUAUAAACUGCCGUAUACCUUGUAUGCUUGACUUAUAAAACGCGCCUUGGGGCUUUUAUCAACGGUUGUCUACCACAAAUAUGCGAAAAAUGCGCAGAUAUUGAUUAUGAUAUUACAGAUAUUGAUUAAUUGAUCUCAUUUCAGUCAUUUGGAUCUGGCACGCAAAGGUGCGAGAGCAAUCUGUGCGCGUAAAAGCCUCCUUUCACAGGGAUCUUUCAAAGUCAUGCCAUUUUUGGUAUGAUCAUGGUAAAAUCAUGACAAGAGAUUGUGUCAAGAACUUCCAAGAUCAAGAUAGAUAAGAUCUUAGCAAGAUCAUGCUGGGAUCAUGGUGAGAUCUUGACAAGAUCUUCCAAGACCAUGGCAAUAUUAUAAUAUCAUCAAUAGAAUAAGAUUGUGAUAAGAUCUUAGCAAGGAUCAUGAUGGGAUUUGAAGAAAAGAUCCUCCAAGGUCAAGGCAAGAUUACAAUAGGAUCUUGGCAAGAUUUUGGUAAGAUAUUGGCAAGGUCAUGCUGAGAUCUUGGCAAGAUCAUGGUGAAAUCUUGUCAAGAUCUGCAAGACCAUGGCAAGAUUAUGGUAGGAUCUUUGCAAUAUUUUGAUAAGAUCUUGGCAAGAUCAUGGUGGAAUCUUGGCAAGAUUGUCGAAGAUCAUGGCAAGAUUAUGAUAGAAUCUUGGCAAGAUUGUGAUAAGAUCUUAGAAAGGAUCAUAGUGGGAUCUUGGUAAGAUCAUGGUGGAAUCUUGACAAGAUCCUCCAAGAUCAUGGCAAGAUUACUAUAGGAUCUUGGCAAGAUUUUGAUAUGAUCUUGGUAAGAUCAUGGUGGAAUCUUGCCAAGAUUGUGCAAGAUCAUGGCACGAUUAUGAUAGAAUCUUGGCAAGAUUGUGAUAAGAUCUUGGCAAGGACCAUGGUGUGAUCUUGGCAAGAUCAUCGUGGGAUCUUGACAAGAUCUUCCUAGAUCAUGGCAAGAUCAUGACAAGAUCAUGAUAGGAUAUUGACAAGAUUUUGACGAGAUCUUGGCAAAAUCACGGUCGAAUCUUGGCAACGUUGUCCAAGAUCAUGGCAAGAUUAUGAUAGAAUCUUGGCAAGAUUGUGAUAAGAUCUUAGCAAGAAUCAUGAUGGGAUCUUGGCAAGAUCAUGAUGGGAUCUUGACAAGAUCUUCCAAGAUCAUGGCAAGAUCAUGAUAGAGUAUUGGCAAUGUUGUGAUAUAUGUGAUUGGUUUGAUCAAGGUUCAUUAUACCUAUACUUAUGAAGGUUGAAAGAUACAGCCCAGCAAGAAAUAUGUAUGAAGAAAAAUCACGAAAGAUCUUGGCAAGAUCUUGACAAGAGUUUUAGACAAUCUUGGCAAGAUUUUGGCAAGUAUGCCAAGAUUGAAUAAUCUUGGCAAGAUAUUGGUAAUAUCUUGGCAAGAUCUUUUUAUUUAUUUAUUUAUUUAGCUUUGCCAACUAGGGCAGGGUGACAGGGUCACCACAACAGCAUAUGCCAAUUACUGUGGGCCCUUUUUUACCUAACCCACCCUGUCAACUUUCCCUGUGGGAGGAAACCGGAGUACCCGGGGAAAACCCACGGCUUUCGGCAGAGCGUUGACUUGGACUGGGUUCGAGUCGCAUUGAGAAGGUACUUAGUGAGAUUCGAACCUGCAGCCUCAGAGGUGAAAGGCAAGUGCGCUAACCACUUGGCCACCGAAGCCCCCAAAAUUCAAAUUCGCUUACGCACACUCCGGGAUUGAACCCACGACCCUCAGCAUGCACACCGAGUGCUAGCCUGUCCCCUUGCGCUACCACGUCUUACAAGAUUACAAGAUUAGUGUCUUGCCAAGACCUUGCCAUGAUCUUCCAAGAUCAUGCAAUGCAGACUCAACAGUCAACAACUAGACCACCAAUUUGGAAAUUUCAAGAAGGCAGACUCAUAGACGUAUAUUCAAAGCUAUUGGGAGACCACCAGAGACAUUUAGCAUUAUCCAUGUUCGAGAUUCUAUAAUAUCCAGUUGGGAUACAAGUUAUUCACAGUUUGGUAUCCAAAACCAAAUUGUAGUAUCCCAUGGAUAUAUCAGGAUACUGCAAAUUUCAGACCUGAUAGAUACCAAAGUUACCAUGGCAUCACCUUAGUAUGUAUACAUGAACUUGCAGUACCUGUAGCUCAGUUGGUUAGGGCACUGCACCGGAAGGUUCCUGUUAUAGUUGCAUUAUUUUCGCAUCUGUUCCUGGUAGGUUAUAAAAAUUUGCACCCGAAAUUUCCAUACAUGUACAAAACCCUGCCAUGUUUGUAAACUAGAUCAGACUGCAGAUGGUAGCUGGGCUAUUCCUGGCCUAAUAAUAUACAUGAAAAAAUUUCUCAAUUCUGAUCAAUUGGCUUAUAAGAGCAGUGUCAGCAAUUUUUUCGAAAUACAGUGUCAAAAAAUGAAAUAAUACCGCGCAAAAAAAGAAAUCAGUGCAAAUUUCAUUGACUAUUUCUAAGGCUUUCUGAUUGACUUAAAAUAUGAAACAAUAUAUCGAAGGUAGCCAAUAAGAUACUGAAACAGCAAUUUCCAGCAGAAAUAAUACGAAAAAACAAACAUUUAGCAUGACUGCAUAAUUUUUUCAUGUAUAGACAGUAUCUAUAUAUACGUGUAAGUAUAUUAUUAAUACAAUACUACUACAUGAUUUCACGUUCAAUUUGAAAAAACCAUACACUCGUGAGUUUUUCAAAGACUUCAAAUUGUACUCAUCCUUUGGACUCGUGCAAUUUUGAUAGUCUUUGAAAAACCCACUUGUGUAUGUCUUUUCCAAAUUGCACUCAAAACCAUACUAUUACCUAUACAAAUAUUUUAAUAUUUAGUUUCACAGAAAUGCCUUUGUGUACAUUCUGUGAUUGAUUUUUCAACAUUGAUUUCUUAGGGGUGGUACACAGUAGAUGUUCCAGUGUUAAAUAUACUGUAGAUGUUUAUAUUAUAACACUUAUGGUAUGCAUUAAGCAUUGAUUGACAGAGAAGUGUGUUUCUAUAACUGGAUAGAAAUACAGAAAAUUUCCCUUGUGCCUUUAAAUUGAAUAUGCGCUAUAAAUCGAAACAAAGUGCUUUAAUUUUUAAAACAUUACCCCUUGACAAGGAAAUUAAGGAACAACAAACAAGAAAAGAUUUCUCCAUUUAGACAUACACUGUAGUGGAAAACUGUGUGCAGAUUAUUUUAAAGUGAAAUUGAUGAGCAAAAGUCGGACUCAGAUUUUUCCUACAUGUCCAUGUACAGUAUUUCUAUAAAUUAUGGAAACUUGGAAAAUGUUUUAUAUUUCUCAAUUAUUUUUUGAGCACUCUGCUUAUUGCCAAAAGUUAUCCACUAUUUUGUGUCUCAUUACAUUGCAAUUUAGUUUCCUCCUGCUGCUAUCCUCCCUUGUCUUGUCUUUAUGUUUGUAAUGGGGGUCUGAAAUUUGCAGUAUCCUGAUAUCCACGGGAUACUAAAAUUUGGUUUUGGAUACCUGUGAAUGACGUAUAUCCAAACUGGAUAUUAAGAAAUUAAAAGGCAUCACUGAGUAUUUUGAUAAAAUACAAAACAAUAGAUGCUCCGAAAAUUGAAAGCAUUUUGAAAAUUUAUUUCAACGUUUCGACUAACUUAUAGUCAUCAUCAGGAAUUGAAUGAUGAUGAUGAUAUUACAUACAGUAUGUACAAGUAUAUAUAGUGAAGUAACAAGAUACGAGUCUAUUGCUAUUAAUAGAAUGAAACCGUCCCUAAACCAUGGAACUAAAGCCUCUAAAGAUCUACAGUAUUAAUAUUUAACUAAUUGUAUCUAGUUACUUCACUAUAUAUACUUGUACAUAUGUAACAUCAUCAUCAUUCAUUUCCUGAUGAUGACUAUAUAGCUUAGUCGAAACGUCGAAAUAAAUUUUCAAAAGCUUUCAAUUUUCGAAGUAUCUAUUGUUUUGGAUACUAAGAAAAUUUCGAACAUUAGGAAAUUGGAAUACUGUACCAUGAGUUAACGUGCAAUGUGCUAACCAUAACUUUGUCUACUUUUUAGAUUCUCUUCAUUUCUGGUUUAACAUUAGUAAUUGGUCUUGAGAGGACAUUUAGAUUUUUCUUUCAAAAACAUAAGUUAAAAGGAAGUGCGUUUUUCAUUGGAGGAAUAUUUGUAGUUUUAAUUGGCUGGCCGAUGGUCGGCAUGUUGGUAGAGACGUAUGGUUUUGUUCUCCUAUUUGG